UGCUUCUUCAUUCCUAGGGUUAAAAUCGAGGACUCUAACAUAUUCAAAAAUUGAGUCCUUCUUUGUUCCCUAUUCAUCUCUAACUUGUAAUUCUAAUUGGUUCCCUCCACAAAAUUGAAAAAAAAAAUAAACCUUUUUUUUUUGCUGUAUAAAAUAAAAAUUUUAAAAAAAUGGCUCACGAUAAUGAAAAAGAGAUAGAUACGAGAACCGAGGAGGACAAAGCUAUAGAUGCAUGGCUUCCUAUCACAUCCGAUCGAAAUGCGAAAUGGUGGUACUCUACUUUUCACAAUGUCACUGCCAUGGUUGGUGCUGGUGUUCUCAGUCUUCCAUAUGCCAUGUCUGAGAUGGGAUGGGGCCCUGGAGUAAUAGUAAUGUUGAUGUCGUGGGCUAUAACAUUUUACACAAUAUGGCAAAUGGUAGAGAUGCAUGAAAUGGUACCAGGAAAAAGAUUUGAUAGAUACCACGAGCUAGGUCAACAUGCAUUUGGUGAGAAACUUGGUCUUUGGGUAGUUGUACCCCAACAAAUAGUGGUGGACGUAAGUUCUUGCAUAAUAUACAUGGUUACAGGUGGCAAGUCAUUGAAGAAAUUUCAUGAAACAGUUUGUCCUGAUUGUCAACCAAUAAAACUUACCUACUUCAUCAUCAUUUUUUCCUCAGUCCACUUUGUUCUUUCUCACUUGCCAAAUUUCAAUUCCAUAUCAUUUGUGUCCUUGGCUGCUGCAGUGAUGUCGUUGACAUAUUCGACAGUUGCUUGGGCAACAUCUCUAGGUAGAGGGAUUGAAGGUAGGGUAGUGAGCUAUGAACUUAGGGGUGAAAAUACAAGUGACAAUGUAUUCAUGUUCUUGAGUGCACUUGGAGAUGUUGCUUUUGCCUACGCUGGCCAUAAUGUGGUUCUUGAGAUUCAAGCUACUAUUCCUUCAACGCCAGAAAAACCUUCCAAAGGUCCUAUGUGGAAGGGUGUAUGGGUGGCUUAUAUCAUCGUUGCUAUUUGUUACCUCCCUGUCGCUUUUCUUGGCUAUUGGGCCUUUGGUAAUCAAGUUGAGGAUAACAUCUUGCUUUCACUCGAAAAACCUAUGUGGCUUGUUGCUGCUGCUAACAUGUUUGUUGUCGUCCAUGUUAUUGGAAGUUAUCAGGUUUUCGCAAUGCCUAUGUUUGACAUGAUAGAAACAUAUGCCGUCAAAUCUAUCAAACUAAAACCUUCCACUUUUCUUCGCUUCACAGUUCGUACAACAUAUGUUGCAUUGACGUUAUUCGUCGGUAUGGCCAUACCAUUCUUUGGUGGUCUAAUGGGGUUCUUUGGUGGAUUUGCUCUAGCUCCAACAUCAUAUUACCUUCCUUGCAUCAUUUGGCUUAUCAUUGUAAAACCCAAAAGGUUUGGUUUUUCUUGGUGGAUGAAUUGGUUCUGCAUCAUAGUUGGAGUAUUGCUCACUGUUUUAUCGCCUAUUGGAGGAAUGUGGACUCUUAUCAAACAAGCCAAGAAUUACCGAUUUUACCAGUGAUUUGUAGUUUCUUUUUCUGGAAACUUGCGACUGUAAAUAGUUAUCUCUUUUUUUUUCUUUUGCUAUUUUGUUUGUUACAUUUAUGUUUUAGAAUAAUUAUUUAGAACAACAAAAAUGUAUGUUGUUAUAGAUGCUUACAACCUUUGUGAAUAAUACUUGGAAAUAAAAUAUC